CCCCAGACCAGUCCCAUCCUCCACCCGAUCCCACCACCACCCUCAUCAUCAUCACCACCAAACCCAACACCUACCAGGUCAUCGAAAACGUUCAUCAAUCUUAAAAUCAGGUCUUCAACCUUUCCCAAUCCUUUUGACUAUCUUGAGUUUCUUAAUUGGCUUUAGACUUUGGAUCACUGGGGAUGUGGCUAUGAUUGGAAUUGGUUAUUUGGUAAUAUGUGAAGCUUUAGGCUUAUCUUGGGAUAUUUAUCUUGCUUUUCUUUUUAAUCAAUCUCAACAAAUUCAAGACUUGAGAUAUCCAUUUGGAACUGCUCGGUUUUCUACGCUGGCUAGGUUCACUAGAUCGAUUUAUUUAUUGUUUGCUGCAAUGUAUGUGUGUAAAGAAUCUAUCGAACACGUAGUCUUGAACCAUUCACAUGUUCAUCAUGACCAUCCCGAAAUCAUCAAUCAAGUCUUGUUAGUCUUGUCGAUCUUAAGUGUGGCGGGUUCGGCAAUCGUGUUGCCUGAUGAUGUGGGGGGUGGGUAUAGAAGGUUAUAUUCGAUUGGAUUUUCUUUUGGUUUAUUACUUUCUCAAAGUUUUUCAAACCAACUUCAACAAGUAGCUAUCGGUAGACUUAUUGGUUUAUUAGAAGUCUUUUCAUUUAUUUCUUUAGGUUUACAAGAAUCUAUUAUAAUGGGUAAGGUCUUAUUACAAACUUCUCCAACUUCAAAUGAAUUUAUUAAAGAAAAACAUACUUUACAAACCGGAUUGAGUUUUAUUAAAGAAAACGAAAAGAAGAUCCAAAAAGUUUAUCCAAUCAAGAUUUGGAAACUAACUGAAACAGAAAAACUUGUAACGUUUGUUAAGUUGGGUAUCAAGUCUAAUUCGAUUAAUGGAUUUGAAUCUAUUGAACUCUUGGCUUCUGUUAGGAAUGCUUUGAUUGGGAUUGGGGAUGAGUUGUCUGUUGAGUUUGUUUCGGUUUGAAAAAAAUGAAUGGAAUGUUUGUAGAUUGAGGAAAGAUGUGGUUUGAGGAGAGAUGUGGUUUGGAGGUUGAUUGGUUGGAGGUUGGAUUGGAUUUUUGGCUUUUUCUUUGUUUCUUUUUUUUGUCUUUUUGUUUUUUUUGGAAUGGUUUUUUUCAUGUUUGGUUAUGAAACGUUUGAUGAUCGUCUUCUUUUUUUUGUUUUUGUUUGUCAUUGUCUUCCCGGUCAUGCUUCUCUUUAUCUUUCUCUUUAUCUUUCUUCAUCUUUCUUUGUUUUUUUUUAUUUUUGAUUUAUCUUUAUUUUAUUUUUAUUUUUGUUUUUGUUUUUUAUGAAUUUAGAAAUGGUUUAGAUUUCUUUGAAUUGUUUUGAUUUACAAAAAUGAUCAAAGGUCCUUUAAGUGAUGUUAUAUGUUUGAUGUUCUAUACUUUUUUGAUUUUUAUUUUGUUGAAAUUUAUUGAAAGGUUUUUUUUAGAUCUACCAAUAUGAAAGCAAAAAAAUGUCUUUUUUGGUUU